AUGUCUACGGUCUUUGGGUGGGUGCUCAUGGGAAAAACGUCUAGUACACCAGACAGGAACAUAGUCACUAUGUGCUCAACCAUGGAUUCAGUAGACCGAACAUUACAGCGUUUUCUAGAAAACGAAGACGUUCCAACCGUAGAGAAAUCUAGUCAGGCUGACUUGGAAUGCGAACGAAUAUAUCAAUCAACCACAACGCGUCAAUCGGAUGGGCGUUAUAUAGUGCACUUACCAUUUCAGCAAGACCCACCACUUCUCGGGAAAUCGAAAGACGUGGCAUUGCGUCGGUUAGAACAGUUGGAAAAUCGGUUCAAACGGUUUCCUGAGCUCCGUGACGAGUACCACAACGCAAUGAAAGACUAUCUGGACUUGGGUCAUAUGUCUCAAAUAAAAGUGCCAUCAGUCGAUGAACAGACGGGUGCGUAUUAUAUUCCCCAUCAGGCGGUGCUGCGUCCGGAGAGUACAACUACGAGAAUGCGUGUUGUUUUUGACGCUUCGGCAAAGUCUUCUUCAGGACUAUCUUUAAACGAUAACCUUUGGUGUGGAGAAAAACUACAACAGGAAUUACCAAGCAUAGUCCUACGUUUCAGACUACAUCCCGUUGUAUUUACUGCUGACGUAAAGCAAAUGUUCCGUCAAAUAAAAGUGACCGAAGCGCACCGGCCAUACCAACGUUUACUAUACCGUUUCACGCAAAAUGAACCGAUUCAGGAGUACGAAAUGAAUACGGUGAUGUUUGGUCAGAAAUCCUCACCGUUCCUAGCUAUACGGACUCUACAUAAGUUGGCAGAGGAUGAAGCCGCUAACAUGCCCACCGUGCGAGAGGUCGUACAGCAUGACUUAUAUGUGGAUGAUGUGGCGACAGGAGCAGAAACCGAAGAACUGGCAAUGGAACUUCAAAAAAACCUCGUGGAAGUUUUCGCAAAAGGCCAAUUCGAAUUCAGGAAAUGGUCAAGUAACUCAGAAAAAUUACUGGCUUCUAUUCCUGUUGACCAUAGGUAUACACAACCGGUUACACUCAUCGAGCAAGAGUCUGAGCAAACAAAGGUACUUGGUUUAAACUGGGACCCAAAAGCUGAUGUACUUAGUUACAAAUAUCAACCCAAUCCUGUGAAAUAUAGUAAACGCGCUAUACUUUCCGAAGUUGCUCGUAUUUACGAUCCUCUUGGGCUGUUAUCACCAGUUACCACAGACCUCAAGAGACUCAUGAAAUAUCUCUGGUUGGUAGAAGUCGGUUGGGAUGAACCCAUCCCGGAAGAAGCGGCGACAGCGUGGAACAAAUAUCAUCAGGAAUUGCCCGUGUUGGCCACGUUAAAAAUUCCUCGUCUUGUCACACAUACUCGUGCGUCGUAUGAGUUGCACGGAUUUAGCGACAGCUCAGAGGCAGCGUACGCAGCAGCCGUAUACAUACGUGUAACUUCAGAAAGCCAAACCAAUUGCCACCUUCUGAUGGGAAAGUCGAAGAUAGCCCCAUCUUCAAAGGUUUCUGUCCCACGGUUGGAGCUGUGCGGCGCGUGGCUACUUGCUCGUCUCAUCAAUUACGUUCAGCAGCACCUCGAAAUGCUAAGGAUAUCAAAUGUUACUGCUUGGACGGAUUCCACGGUAGCAUUAUCUUGGAUUCGGACACCGACGGUACGGCUAAAGACGUUUGUAGCAAAUCGUGUGGCAAAAAUACAACAGCUAACCGACACGAAAAUCUGGCGCCAUAUUCCGACCCGUGACAACCCCGCCGAUUGUGCGUCCCGAGGACUUGGGCCUAACGAUCUAGCUACACAUGAGUUAUGGUGGAAGGGUCCCACAUUCCUACGCCAACCUGAGAACACUUGGCCUGUGGAGGGAACAAGGUGUCCCGCUAGUUGUCCAGAGGAAGAAGUUGAGCAGAAGCGGAUCACCCUACUCACCCAAGUUGUCGACGAUGAAUGCCGUGUACUGCGGCAAUCAGAUAACUUAUCCAAAGUGCUAAGACUCACAGCGUACCUGCUGAGGAUAGUUGACCGGCUAAGAAAGAAAACCAUUCCACAUUGGACGUCGCCACCGACAACAGAGGAGACCGACAGAGCGCUACGGUCCUUGAUACGUUGGACACAACAGGCUUUCUUUGAAGACGUCAAAAAAGCUCUUAGUGCCGGUAAAAGCGGCCUGGUUCAUCUGCGAAGGCUCGCCCCCUUCUUGGACAACGAGGAUCUUCUCAGGGUGGGAGGUCGCUUAGAGCAUGCACUUAUACCAUACACUGAAAAACAUCCUCUUCUCUUACCAAAAACUGCUCGAUUGACCGAGCUAUUAAUCGAUCACGUCCACCGUACCAAAGGUCACCCUGGACCACAAACGAUGCAAAAUCUAUUACGCCAGAACUACUGGAUACUUUCGUCUCGUAGUAUUAUUAAAAAGAGAGUACACAGAUGCGUGCCAUGUUUUCGUGCGAAGCCUCGUCCAGUACAGCCAUUUAUGGGCAAUCUACCUCGGUUCCGUCUAAAUCAAAUAAAGCCAUUCAGUAAGGUCGGCGUGGAUUUUGCGGGCCCUUUUGACGUGAAAGCAGCCAUGAUACGUAAGAUCAAAAUAACCAAAGCCUAUAUAUGUAUAUUCGUCUGUCUGGUCACUACCGCAGUUCAUAUCGAACUCGUUUCCGAUUUAUCGACCCCUCUUUUCAUCGCUGGUCUGAACCGCUUCAUCAGCCGGAGGGGCCGAUGCACGGAUAUCUACAGUGACUGUGGUACCAAUUUCGUGGGAACCCAUCGGUACUUAACGGAGGUAGAGGCUAUCAUCCAGGGUGCUGAUUUUAACAACAACGUUCUUGAACAUCAAAUUCGAUGGCAUUUUAACCCACCCUCGGCGCCACACAUGGGAGGAAUAUGGGAGGCUGCCGUAAAGUCGACAAAGUCACUUUUACAUCGUGUAAUCCAGAACACCGUUCUUACAUACGAAGAACUUAAUACAGUACUCCACCAAGUGGAAGCUACGCUAAACUCAAGACCCUUAAGUGCUAUGUCAUCGGAUCCAAGCGACUACAGGACCCUCACGGCGGGUCACUUCUUGACCCUGGAACCACUUGUAACGAUCCCGAGUCCCAAGGAUGUCGCAGAUUUGGUUACAAUGAGCUCCCACAAACGAUGGUCACUGAUCCAACAGAUUCAAUAUCAUUUCUGGACCCGGUGGAAAAAUGAGUAUUUGCAUACUUUACAGGAGAGACCUAAGUGGACUCGUCCCGACAAGAACCUGCAACUCGAUGAUCUUGUCAUCAUCAAAGAACCGACUCCUCCGCUCAAAUGGAGUACCGCAAGAGUUAUCGAAGUACAUCCCGGAGACGACGGCAUUGUGCGAGUGGCCAAAGUAAAAACUUCAACCGGAAAAGUUCUUACCCGCCCUGCGGUAAAACUAUGCCCAAUGCCCUUGAGAGAUUGA